AUGAACUACAACCAAAUUAAGAAGCUGGACGAGAACUCUUUAGAACAGUUAAAAGAAGGGAAGGGGCCUGUUGAUGAAUGCAUCUGCCAUCUCAUCUCACCACCAGACGAGGACCGGAAGAGUAUUAGAUCUUCUAUUAGACGAGCAUUUGCCGGAUUUUCAAAAGCAGCAGAGGGUAAGAAGAGGAAAGCUGCAUAUAGACAGCAGCAAGUCAAUAUACCAAUAACUUAUAGUAAAGGAGAAGCAGGUAAAAUAUAUACGACCAGAGAAGUGAUCAAACGCAAAGGCUCUUGCGGCAAAUGUGGCUGUGACAGUAGCAACGUGACCUUGAAGCACUCCUACGCCAAUAUAAGGAUCACCACCCCAGAUAUAUCGUCGUUCUGUCCUUGUCCUAGCAACUGCAUUCCGGCUGAGAAGCAAAAAAUGCUGAACAAUAUAAAAGUGACAGUGGAGCAGGUAUCCAAUGUGAUCGUUGACCCGGACAGCGAGAAUUCAGAGACAAGUGUCUCUAUAGAAAGUAAAAUUUCAGAGCCAAGUUUAACCGCAAAAAAGUCCUUAUCCAGCCUCAUAAACGCACAGUAUGACACGGAUGAGAGUCGGUUGUAUUAA